AUGUGCGAAGGUGCACAUGAACACUUUACUGAAAACCCGGACGAAUUUAGGAAGUUUGUGGAAGUAUCAGAAAAACCUCUUUAUCCUAGGUGUCAUAAGCACACCAAGUUGUCGGGAUUGGUUACGUUGUACAAUCUUAAAGCAAGGCAUGGCAUGACCAACAAUUGUUUCUCUGAUAUGCUUAUUGAAGUUGGAGAUUUGCUUCCAAUUGGUCAAGAGCUACCCUUAUGUAUGUAUGAGGCAAAGAAGACAUUGAAUGCCUUAGGAUUGAAGUAUGAGAAAAUACAUGCAUGCUACAGUGAUUGCAUUUUAUAUAGGAAUAAGUAUCAUGAUUUGACAACUUGCCCUAAAUAUGGCCUCUCACGAUGGAAGGUGACAAAGAAGAAAGGGGUCCCGAUGUUGGUUUUAUGGUACUUUCCUCCUAUCCCAAGGUUCAAAAGAAUGUUUAAGUCAUUUGAAACUUCUAAAAGUUUAACUUGGCAUGAUGAAAGUCGAAUAAAAGAUGGUCGAUUGUGUCAUCCAACUGAUUCACCAUCGUGGAAGAUGGUUGAUCAUAUGUGGCUAGAUUUUGCAAGUGAGCAUAGAAACCUUAGGUUAGCCCUUUCAUCGGAUGGGAUAAACCCACACAGUUCUCUUAGUAGUAGAUAUAGUUGUUGGCCAGUAAUUUUGGUCAUAUAUAACCUUCCUCCGGAGCUGUGCAUGAAGAGGAAGUUUAUGAUUUUAACAUUAUUGAUUUCUGGCCAUAAACAACAUGGAAAUGAUAUAGAUGUGUACUUGGAACUAUUGAUUGAGGAUUUAAGAACAUUGUGGGAUGGAGUGGAGGGAGUCUAUGAUGUUUUCCGACAACAGUCCUUCACCUUAAGAGCUGUACUUUUGUGGACAAUCAAUGAUUUUCCAGCUUAUGGUAAUCUUUUCGGGUGCACUACGAAAGGAUAUUAUGCAUGUCCAAUUUGCGGUGAGAAGACAUAUGCAGAAAGGUUGGAACAUGGAAAUAAAAUGGCAUUCACCGGACACCGAAGAUUCUUAUCUCGUUAUCAUCCUUAUAGAAAAUUAAGUGAAGAUUUUAAUGGUAAGGAAGAACUUGACUCAGCACCAAAACCUUUAACCGGGGAACAAGUAUGGAAAGAAGUUGAGGCCAUAAACUAUGAGUGGGGGAAGGGAAUUGGGAAGCGAAAAGAUGAUGGUUGUACUAAGUGUUAUAAGAAGAGAUCAAUUUUCUUUGACCUUCCUUAUUGGAAAUCGUUGUAUGUUCGACAUUGCCUCAAUGUUAUGCACAUCGAGAAGAAUGUAUGCGAGAGUAUUUUCGGUACAUUGUUGAACAUUCCCGGGAAAACAAAAGAUGGGGUGGCAACUCGUAAAGAUCUCGUUAAAUUAGGGAUAAGAACUAGUUUGGCACCACAAGUUGGCGAGAAGAGAACUUUUUUGCCUCCAGCAAUGUGUACAUUGAAUAAAAAGGAGAAAAUAUAUACGUGCAAGGCAUUGAUGAGUGUAAAAGUGCUUGAAGCACUACAAGAAAAAAAGGCUAAUGUGACGAAAAUAUUUCCUCACAUUAGGCAAAAUUUCCUCGCGAUUACGUUAAAGUGA